GCUUUGCGGGCGCGGGCUGGCGCUGCGGCUCCCGCGUUCCGUGGGCUCCUCGACAGGCGAGCGGGCUCGCCCCAAGCCCCCGAGUCUUUCCCUUCCGGGAACAGGGGAGUCCCGCGGCAAUUUCGGAUCCCCACCCGAGUCGCCGGGAAUCCAGGCCCCUGGGCGUGGCGAGAUCUGGGCGUGCGCAGGCUCGGGCGGCCCCCCCUGCCCAUCCCCAGCCCUGCGACCCGCCGCCUCUCGGACGCGCUCGUUAGGCCGUGGUCCUCAUGGCCGACAAGAAGCUCGUGGUGGUUUUUGGAGCCACAGGUGCCCAAGGGGGCUCGGUGGCCCGCACACUGCUGGAAGAUGGGACGUUCAGGGUUCGAGUGGUGACACGAAACCCUGAGCAGAGGGCAGCAAAGGAGCUGAAGCAGCAAGGAGCUGAGGUAGUGCAAGGAGACCAGAAUGACAAGGCGAGCAUGGAGCUGGCCCUGACUGGGGCUUACGCCGCCUUCAUUGUGACCAACUACUGGGAGAACUGCAGCCAGGAGCAGGAGGUGAAGCAGGGCAAGUUGCUGGCAGAUCUAGCCAAGCGCCUGGGCCUUCACUACGUGGUCUACAGUGGCCUGGAGAAUAUCAGGAAGCUGACAGCGGGCAGGUUGGCAGCGGGCCACUUUGAUGGCAAAGGGGAGGUGGAGGAGUAUUUCCGAGACAUUGGCGUUCCCAUGACCAGUGUACGGCUGCCCUGCUAUUUCGAGAACCUCCUUUCCUACUUCCUGCCUCAGAAAGCUCCAGAUGGAAAGAGCUACUUGCUGGAUCUGCCUAUGGGUGAUGUUCCCAUGGACGGCAUUGCUGUGAGUGACCUGGGGCCCGUGGUGCUCAGCCUACUGAAGAAACCAGAAGAGUAUGUCGGGCAGAACAUUGGGCUCAGCACCUGCAGGCACACCGCCGAGGAGUAUGCCGCCCUGCUCACCAGGCACACUGGCAAGACUGUGCACCAUGCCAAGACAACUCCUGAGGACUACGAGAAGCAUGGCUUCCCUGGGGCCCGUGACCUGGCCAACAUGUUUCGUUUCUACGCCCUGAAUCCUGAGCGCAACAUUGAGCUGACCCUGCGGCUCAACCCCAAGGCCCGGACACUGGAUCAGUGGCUGCAGCAACACAAAGGGGAGUUUGCCCAACUGUGACCUCAAAACCCCCAGCUAGAAGUGAGACAGAGACAAAAGCCGUCCUUCCCUGCGUACAAAAAGUAUUUUGUUUUGUUUUCAAAUAAAGCUGUUAUUUUCACAGA